AUGCUUCAAUGUCCUACAUCUGUCAGCACAUUCCUUUGUCUCUACAUCGAUCCCUUCCUUUUCUUUAUUCUCCCCCUCCUCCUCAUGCUUCUUCUUCUUCUUCUUCUUCUUCUUCUUCUUGUCUCUUUUUCCUUUAAUUUAUUAGUUUUCCUUCUAUUUUUUUCAGAUGUUCUCUUUCAUUUGCUCUUUUCUAUUUUCUUUUACACAUCAAGUAACUCAAUUCAUCUUUCUCUUUUUUUCUUCUCUUUGAUUUAUACUCUGUUUUUCUUUUUCCCAAUUUUCUCACUCUUUUUCUCUUUUUCCCUCUUCGUUCUUCUAUCACUUUCUCUUUUCUUUCUUUUUCUCCUCUUUGAUUACUGUUCGUUCUCUUUCUCAUUUUUCUCUCUUUUUUUUUCCUUCGCUUUGAUUUAUCUUCCCUUUUUCAUUCCGUCAUUUUUCCCUUUUCUCCUUUUUCUUCUCUUUCAUUUACACUUCGCUUUUCUCUUUCCUUUUCCUUCUUUUUUCUCCUUUCUUUCUUUUUCAAUUAACCCUCGUCUUUCUUUCAUUUUACUCCUUCUUUUUUCCUUUUUCUUCUCUUUCAUUUACCCUAUUUUCUUUUCUCGUUCUUUUCUCUUUUUUCUUACCCUUCCUUCUUCUCGCUCUCAUAUUUCUUUUUUCCUUUCUUUCUUCUUUUUAAGUCACCUUUGUUUUCUUUUUCACCUUUUUCUUCUCUUUCAUUUACCUAUCAUUUAUUUUUCUAUUUCUGUUUUCUUUUUUCCUUUCUUUCAUUUACACUUUGUUCUUCUUGAAUUCAUUUUUCUUUCUUUUUUCUGCUUUUUUCUUCUCUUUGAUUUACUCUUCAUCUUUCUUUCUCUCAUUUUUCCCUUUUUUAAUUCUUUCAUUUACAUUUCGUUCUUUUGUUUCUUUUUUUUUUUUUUUUCACUUUUCUUUGAUUUACUCUUGUUUUUUCCUCUCUUUCUUUUAUUUCUCUUUUUUCUUCGCUUUGGCUUACUUAUUGUUCUCUCUCCAUCUCUUUUCUUUUUUUUCAUUUCUUUGAUUCACCUUUCUUCAUUCUUGUCUUUUUCUAUUUCUUUUUUUUUUUCUUCAUCUUGGUUUUCUUAUACUUUUCUCUUUUUCUUUCUAUCAUCCUCCUCAAUCCCUCCUCUUCUCCUCCUUCUUUCUUUCUUUUUAUUAAUAUUCUUUCUUCCUUCCUUUCUUUCUUCAUUUCUUUCUUUCUUUUUUCUUUCUUUCUUUCUUUCUUUUUCUUUUUCUUCUUCUGCUUCUUCUCUUUUAAUUUUAUUUUCUAAAAAUUUAAUUCAAAGCAUUUUUUUCAGACACUUGAAAAGUUGUUCAAAUCAAUUCUUACCUCUUUCUAUAUAUGUUUGUUCAUAUCUAUCUAUCUAUCUAUCUAUCUAUCUAUCUAUCUAUCUAUCUAUCUAUCUAUCUAACCAGUUAUGUCACUAA